AUGUCAGAAUACUACUACGCCGCCAGCGCCCCCGCGGGACUCACUUCAGGUCGACACUUCAAGCGCUCGCGGAGCAUCAAGAGCGACGACCCGCUCAACUUGCGCGGCCCGCUCGAGGUCGUGGGCUCGCUCAAGUCGGGCCGCAGCAUCAGCCUCGAGGGCGACUUUGUCGUUCGCGGCAAGCUCGACGCGUACGGCGACAUCACCAUGAACGGCAGCGUCACCUGCGAGGGUGACAUCAAGGCUUACGGCAACAUAUCCGUGACCGGGUACUUGUCUGCAAGCAACGGCAUUAAAGGCUACGGCAAGCUAAAGAUUGAGGGCACGCUCGAGGGCACCGAGGUGGAGGUGUACGGCAACCUGAGCAUCACCGGAUACCUGAAAUGUCGGAAGCUGGUGGUGUACGGGUCGCUGACCCUCAUCGGGCCAAGCUCCACCUACGUGGUUGAGGAGUCGGAAGAGGUGGUAGGGGCAAAGCUCAUGCGGGAGCAGGAAGCGGACUGGGAGUUUUAG